UUGUUAUAAAAUGUGCUAUUAUUUACAUCACAAUUAUAAUGUUAACGGAAACGAUGGCCAAAGUGGAGGACACUAUCCAAAAGAUUAACUCGUUGUCGCCCAUCGAUAAGAGGGAUGAAGUGAUAGCCUUUCUGUUCAAUUACGGCGAUCCCAGAUUCUCGUACCCAUCCAUCACUAAGAUUGGUAAAGCCUGUUAUAUCGAUCUCAACUCGUUGAAGGGUGACCUCAUUGAACACAUCGCGAAGGAAUAUCGGGGUAAUAAAAAGGUACAGAAAGCGGCACAAGUGAUGUUCGAGUCGGCGCUCAUACCGGAGGCCGAGUGCAGGAAAGCGAAGGGACCGAUGGCUCGUUCGGGCGAUAAACAGACGCGGAUUAUGAAUGAGAAACGCUUUGAGGCCAAAGACUACCGACGCUUCCUCGAGAACAUACUGGCGGACGCGGCCCGACCCGAGACCACCAUCAAGAUGUCACAAAUUGUCUGUUUUUUAAAACUUUGGAUAACAAAAACGGUGCCGAAGUAUCCGGAAGAAAAUGGUGUCCGAAAGCGAGUGUCCACUCAUAUCAAUGAAGUGAUGGAUCCGUUGAUCGAGUAUUUGGACACUUUGGCCAAAGACAAGACAAAGAGUUGUGAUUUUUACGACUACGAGGAAUUGCAUACAAAAUCACGGUUUAAAUCAAUUCAAUUGAAUUUAAUCGAUGCCAUCAAUAACUUGACCAAAAAAUAACACAAAAC